AGCACAAGCUGGGAGAGAGCGGACAGUGAGCCCGCUGCUGCCACCUCAACAUGGAGUAGAGAGAGUCCAGCAUUUACUGCUAAGGAGCGGAUCCCACAGAGAGGAAUACGCGACGGCCUCCACUUGGUUCAUCCGCCGAAGUCCUCGCAAAUGCUACAGCGGCAGUUAUUUUUAGUAAACGCAAAGCAAAGCUCGGCUUUUAUUUGAAAGAUGGCGAACGACUCUCCAGCUAAAAGUCUAGUAGACAUAGACUUGGCUUCAUUGCGGGAUCCAGCUGGGAUAUUUGAAUUGGUGGAGGUGGUUGGAAAUGGCACCUAUGGACAAGUAUACAAGGGACGUCAUGUCAAGACUGGACAGCUGGCUGCCAUCAAAGUCAUGGACGUCACAGAGGAUGAAGAGGAGGAAAUUAAACUGGAGAUCAAUAUGCUGAAGAAGUAUUCCCACCACCGAAACAUAGCCACCUACUACGGUGCUUUCAUUAAGAAGAGCCCCCCGGGACAUGAUGACCAGCUAUGGUUGGUGAUGGAGUUCUGCGGAGCUGGUUCGAUCACAGACCUGGUAAAGAACACCAAGGGGAACCAGCUGAAGGAAGACUGGAUCGCCUACAUCUCCAGAGAAAUCCUCAGAGGUCUGGCCCAUCUUCAUGCCCACCACGUCAUUCACCGUGACAUCAAGGGCCAGAACGUCCUGUUGACAGAGAAUGCCGAAGUCAAACUAGUUGACUUUGGCGUGAGUGCUCAACUAGAUCGGACAGUGGGGAGGAGAAACACCUUCAUCGGGACCCCUUAUUGGAUGGCCCCUGAGGUCAUUGCUUGCGACGAGAACCCGGACGCCACAUACGAUUACAGAAGUGAUCUGUGGUCUUGUGGUAUCACAGCUAUUGAAAUGGCUGAAGGAGCACCACCACUUUGUGACAUGCACCCGAUGCGUGCGCUCUUCCUUAUUCCUAGAAACCCUCCUCCCAGGCUCAAAUCUAAAAAAUGGUCCAAAAAGUUUUUCAGUUUCAUCGAGGGCUGUCUGGUGAAGAACUACACACAGCGCCCCCCGACUGAGCAGCUGCUGAAGCACCCCUUCAUCCGAGACCAGCCCAACGAGAGGCAAGUCCGCAUUCAGCUCAAGGACCACAUCGACCGUACCAAGAAGAAGAGGGGAGAGAAGGAUGAGACAGAGUACGAGUACAGUGGCAGUGAGGAGGAGGAAGAGGAUCCCCCAGAGCAGGAGGGAGAGCCCAGCUCCAUUGUCAAUGUGCCAGGUGAGUCAACCCUGCGCCGCGACUUCAUCCGCCUGCAGCAGGAGAACAAGGAGCGAUCAGAGGCGCUCCGCCGCCAGCAGCUCCUCCAGGAACAGCAGCUCCGGGAGCAGGAGGAGUACAAGCGCCAACUACUGGCCGAGAGGCAGAAACGCAUUGAGCAACAGAAGGAGCAGAGGAGGCGGUUGGAGGAGCAACAGCGACGCGAACGGGAGAUGAGGAGGCAACAGGAGCGGGAGCAGCGUCGCCGCGAGCAAGAGGAGAAGAGGCGUAUUGAAGAGAUGGAUCGUCGGCGCAAAGAAGAGGAGGAGCGCCGGCGGGCCGAGGACGAAAAGAGAAGGAACGAUCGGGAACAGGAGUACAUCAGGCGUCAGCUGGAGGAGGAGCAGAGACACCUGGAGAUGCUGCAGGAGCAGCUGCUCCGUGAACAGGCCAUGCUGCUGGAGUUCAAGUGGCGGGAGCUCGAGGAGCAGCGCAAGGCCGAGCGACUCCAUAAGCGCCUGCAGCAGGAGCAGGCCUACCUGCUGUCGCUCCAGCACGAAACCAAACAGCCGCCUGGCGACAAGACCAAACUCCCCUCAGACCCUAGCACACCUCCACAGACCUCCACCCUGCCCCCUGACAGAGUCCUCGCCCCAACCCCUCAAGCUCAGGUCCUUGACAGUGCAGUUUCUGUAGCAAGAGGCACUUACGAUUCCCCCAGAGCUCUUCAGACGGUCCCCUCAGAUGGCACUAAACCCCAGGCGGCAGUGCCAGAGAAGACUGACUCUGAUGAAACAUGUCCCAGCCAGCCCCCAAACUCCCCUGGCCCCAACCCCCCUCAGACUGAACCCCCCCCUGACUCUGAACCUCCUCAGGCAGAAAGUUUGGAACCCGAUAGGCCAGCAGAGCCUGUCAGUCAUCCUCCACAGCCUAUCAGAGAGGCCGACGAGCGCUACCGCAAGAACAUUCAGGGCUCCCCUCAGACCGCCCCUCCUCCCAAGCAGCCCCCUCUGCCUCCCCGCUCCUCUGAACCGUUCUCCAACGGUGGCUCCUCCUCCGAGGCCUCCGCCAUGCACCGGCCCAUGGAGCCUCAGGUCCAGUGGUCCCACCUGGCCGCUCUAAAAAGCAGCAACAGCGCCGCCCCCUCUCCUCCUCCUCCUCCGCCGCCGCCCGUGGUCUCUCGCUCCCAGUCCUUCAGCGAGCCCGGCGGCGUGACCUCUAGUUUUGCACAACUCCACCUGCGUUCCCAGGACCCCCAUCAUCACCACCAACACCACCCAUCGCCCGCACGCACUGACCCCCAGCCCCAACCUCCCCUCCACCACCCUCAGGCUCAUACUAGGGCCGAACACCAGGCCAGCGGCGAGGAGGUACCUCCAAAGGUACCAGUGAGGACAACAUCCAGGUCUCCAGUACUGUCGCGCAGAGAGUCCCCUUUGCCAUCGCAGCCCGGCAACCAGGGCGGACAGAGGAGCGCUGGCGGUAACGUGGAGCAGCGCCCCCUGUGGGACCGAGUGGAGAAGCUGCAGCCUCGGCCCGGCAGCGGCAGCUCAUCCGGCUCGUCCAACUCCGGCUCCCAGGCCAGUCCUGGUGACCGCUUCAGACCACGCUGUGAGUCCCCCGCUUCCUCCAAAUCUGAAGGGUCGCCUCUCCAGCGGCCUGAAAAUGUACCCAAAAAACAAGAUGAAAAGAACCUCGCCAGGCCUACUCGACCAGCUGGUGAUGCGGACCUGACUGCUCUGGCCAAGGAGCUCCGUGCAGUAGACGAUGUGAGGCCUCCCCACAAGGUCACCGACUACUCCUCCUCAAGCGAGGAUUCGGGCACCACUGACGAGGAAGACGACGAGGAGGUGGACCAGGAGGCGGGAGAGGAGUCCACCUCAGGAGCUGAGGACUCCAGGGCUGGGAGGCUGAGUAACGGGGAGACGGAGUCCGCCAAGACCAUGCUGGUUGAGGACUCGGAGAGCGACCAAGCCAUCACACCCUCCAAGGAUGGCACGCUGGUCAUCAGACAGAGCACCGUUGACAUAAAGCGGUUGGUCAAUCUCUCAUCCUCCUCCUCCUCUUCCUCGGCUGGCUCUGGUCACGGCCAGUGCCAGCCCCAACCCCCCAGCCACGGCUUGCCGGAGAAAAACGGCUUUGCCGGCCGCAUACACCACCUUCCAGACCUUAUCCAGCAGAGCCAUCACUCCCCUUCCUCUUCCACAACCAUCCCUUCCUCCUCCUCCUCCUCCUCUUCCUCUUCCUCCUUCCCCUCAUCAUCUAGCCAUGCCAGCCCUGCCAUGUCCCCACAGAACCUCCUGGACAAGUUCACUGCCAUCGAGUCCCAGUCAGAAAGCAACUCCAUGUCCAAACACAAGUCUUCCUCUUCCUUCACUCCCUUCAUUGAUCCUCGUCUUCUCCAGAUCUCUCCAUCCAGCGGCAGCUCCCUCAACAACAUGGCAGCGUUCGGGCAGGACGGACGGCUUGCAGACCCGCUGAGGUCCGACCCAUCCCGCAAAGGCUCCGUGGUCAACGUCAACCCGGUGAACACACGCCCGCCGAGCGACACGCCAGAGAUUCGCAAGUACAAGAAGAGGUUCAACUCUGAGAUCCUGUGUGCCGCACUCUGGGGAGUGAACCUGCUGGUGGGGACAGAGAGUGGUCUGAUGCUGCUCGACCGAAGCGGUCAGGGGAAGGUCUACCCACUGAUCAACAGACGGCGCAUCCAGCAGAUGGAUGUCCUGGAGGGACUCAAUGUCCUGGUCACCAUUUCAGGUAAAAAGAACAAGCUGCGAGUGUAUUACCUGUCGUGGCUGAGGAACAAGAUUUUGCACAAUGACCCUGAGGUGGAGAAGAAGCAGGGUUGGGUUAACGUGGGCGACCUGGAGGGUUGCGUCCACUAUAAAGUCGUGAAGUACGAGAGGAUUAAGUUCUUGGUGCUGGCCUUGAAGAACGCUGUGGAGGUGUACGCCUGGGCACCCAAACCCUACCACAAAUUCAUGGCCUUUAAGUCUUUUGGUGACCUGGUGCACAGGCCUCUGCUGGUGGACCUGACUGUUGAGGAAGGUCAGAGGUUAAAGGUCAUCUACGGCUCCUGCUCAGGCUUCCAUGCUGUGGACGUGGACUCCGGAGCCGUCUACGACAUCUACCUGCCCACGCAUAUCCAGACCAGCAUUCAGUGCCAUGCCAUCAUCAUUUUGCCCAACACCGACGGCAUUGAGCUGCUGGUGUGUUACGAGGACGAGGGCGUCUACGUCAACACCUACGGACGCAUCACCAAGGACGUGGUGCUGCAGUGGGGAGAAAUGCCAACUUCAGUGGCCUACAUUAGGUCAAACCAGAUCAUGGGCUGGGGUGAGAAGGCCAUAGAGAUCCGCUCGGUGGAGACGGGACACCUGGACGGCGUCUUCAUGCACAAGAGAGCCCAGAGACUCAAGUUCCUUUGUGAGAGGAAUGACAAGGUCUUCUUCGCCUCUGUGCGCCCUGGAGGAGCCAGCCAGGUGUAUUUCAUGACCCUGGGGCGCACUUCCCUCAUGAGCUGGUAGUCCACAUCCCGCCACGCCAGCCAACGCGACGAUACCAUACCUAAGCAGAGACCAACAGAUGACGAUUGUGACUAUGACCGACGACGAUGAAGAAGAGAACCGCCUUGAGCCUGAGCUGGAGAAGCAUCUCGAUGGAGCUCCCGCUCACCUGCUCGGGCAAACAAACAACGGAUUGGACUGUAAUCACGAAAAGAAGCGAGGGGUGGGGUGUGUGUUUGGGGGGUGGGGGAGGUGCGUCACACUAAGUGUACUAGCAAACUAUAUUACGACAACAGAAACCCCCCCCUCCCACCAGCCUACAGGUUUCCCUCCCCCCAACCCCCGCUGCCUGACCUUUUGAGCCGAUCCCCCUCCUCCUCUUCCUCUGCAGGACGUGGGAUCUGUUGCCUGUUGAUGGUAAAUCUUUAUGUGUCAUAGUUAAACUUUUGCAUCGUGUACGUGUGUGAAAUGGAGGAAACACUGAGCAUGUGAACGACGGGACGAUGGGAGGCUAAACGCGGCCGUUUGCUGUAUCGAAGGCGGCGAAUGCUGUAUGCGCCGCACUCCCAAGUGUAGCUGUUAGUAGCUGUGUUUAGUCCAGGUCCCGUUCAGGUAAAAUUCGUUUCCCACCACCGGUAGAUUUUCACGUCAAGCAUGUCAUUUAACACUAGUUCACAGUUUUCCUCCCAUAAAUAACGCUUGACAUGUAAAUCUGCCUCUGCGUCUUCACUUUUUUUGCCUUCUCCUCUUUAAAGUGAAGAUUUUUUUUUUAAGGGACCUUCUUGAUAUAUCCAUUAAUAACAGGGUACUGUCUGGAUAUCAGCUUGUACAUACUAACAACAUCAACCUUGCGGGCUUCAGACUCUCCCAGCCACAUUGCCUCACGUACUGUAGGUUAUGUCGGACAGAAGUAGCCCUGUUUAUGACCGCAUGUUGCUUUGGUGUUAUCGACACAAUUAGCCCCCGUUUUUUCAUACACUGUAUAUUUUGUAUGUGACUGCUGCACAUAAAUAAAGCAUACAAAUGCAAGACACACCCAUAGAUGAGUUUUAAAGGAAAAAUCCACCCUAUUUAUCAGCAAUGUCGACCGGCUUUUCUUUAAUCUGCUUUGUUGCUGGCUCAAAGUCUGCUCAUUCUUGUCUUGUCGUUCUGCUACUAAACACACCACCAAAACCAGAAAAUAGACCCAAAAAUGUGAGCUGCAUUAUUACCAAAAGCUGUUUCCCUCCCCCCUCUCCCUGGUGGAUUUUUCCUUUAACGUCAGUCAUAAGUAGGGCUAGGAUAAACUGUGAAUUAGACAUGCAGAAUUAGCAGGUGGCCAUUAAGGUAGCAUGGAGGCCAGCAGGCAGAAGUGACAGGAAGGUAAUGAAGGCAGCGUGCGGAGAAGAAGCUUUGAACAUCACACUCCACAAAGGGGAAGGACAUCAGGAUCAGCUGAUUGUCUGUCUCUGUCUGCACAGUUGCAACGUUUGAAGCCCCGUUUCACAUCUACGUUCAUCCUCUGUGAACUUGAAGGAGACUUUAGCUCAUUGUGAAGCUAAACGUUUGCCUUAGGAGGGUCUCCAGCUGAUUUAAACUGCUUGAAGCCCUCUUUAGGUUUUGACAAAUUAAAAGUGAAGAGGUUUGGAUUUUCAACUUUAACUGGAUCAUUAUUCCAUCCCAGAAUUGAAUUUUAUGUCUUCAUUUUACUCUUCUUCCUGUGUCUAAAACCCAGAAUGACGAGGCGAGGCUCGUUUGUCACUUCAUGUUAGGCUCAUUCAACUGUUGAAAUGUAGAUUCCAUCCUGCAGCUGUAUGAAAAGUAAACUCCGUAACGGGUUCCACUCACCCCCACCUCGACUCCUUGAUCCUGCUCUCUCAGCAAGGGUGGUGCCUUCACUGUCCAAGGUGGGGCCUUCCGAGAGCUGCAGAACACAGGAGCGAGGAGGCAAAAAGUCACACGUUCUAAUAGCAGUGUUACAAAACCACUUCAGACGGCGCGAACUAAGCGGCAUAUUUUUAACUCUGACUUAGUUUUUAGUCUCGUUUCUGCAAUUUUUAUUAUGUAACCCUUCAGAUAAGUAUGCGACUGCAGUGAUUUUUAAAUUGUAAUGCACACCUUAUGUUGAAAAUGUUUACAGAAGCAAUUGUUUUGUUAAACCAAUGUGCAUCGAUAUGAAUAUUUAUGGUUUAUUUUGAGGGCAGUCCCCCCCCGACCCCACCCCCCCUGUUUUUUGUAUUUUGUAUUAUUCCCUUUUUGUACUAUCAUUUAGACGUUUGUGUACAGGAAUAAUCAACUUUUGCUCACGUUACGAAUUACACAAGUGUAAGAGUGUGAUUUCACUGAUUCCUCUACAUCCUGCAUAGUGCACAGUGUGCGUGGAUCAAACGUUUUCUACCACCCAGGUGCCAGGCGACAUGUUUCCCCUCAAACGUCUGUCUGCCAUGCCUCUCUAAUUUAUGUCCUCUCUGUGUGUACUAUGGGAAUUACUGUAUUUUCCUGAAGGUCUUUUUUUCCAUUGAAUAAAAUCAGAAGUAAUUUACA